UUUUUGCUAUCAUAUGUCCGUGAAAGGCUCAAAUUUGAUCUACAAAACAACCUUUUCCAAUAAAUGGACCAAAUACUGAACGUAAACAAUCUCAAGUUAUAAUAUGAGUAAAUAGAUAAUUGAGAGAAAACUGUUUUAAUGAAUUUUAACAAUAACUAGUCUGAAUUUUUAAAGGACGAUUUAUCAAACUCAAUUUUAAAGUUAUAGUGAGGAAUAUUCAACGUUGAAGAUAAGAUUGAAGUGAAGGUAUCGAUCUGAAUAAAUAUUUGGAGACUAAUGUCACCAGGUUCUAAAUCUAAUGAAGAAAAUGCUGAAGUGUGAAUACACAUCUUUUUACUAAAAUUUGAAUAUUGAUGAAAUUUCAAGAGGGAAAUGAGGAACUUGACUAAACCUUGUCUUUGCUUCAUUAUAACUUUGUUGGAAAUAGCUGUCCUUGUUCUGGCCGCAGACUAUGGAGCUCCACGGAGUUUUGGAGGAAGCAGGACUCCCGUUGAAAUCUCAAGUCAAGAUAUCACUAAAAACCAAGCAAUACCACCCCAAAACUUUCUUCAAACCCCUUCAAAUCUCGCCCCAAAUUCGUACAACAAAGUCGAGAAUCCCCGAAGAAAUACUAGAGAAGUAUUUGCAGAGAAUCUAGCUUCAAAUUUUAAUCCACAAGUAGAUAAUAAUCGUAUUGAAGAAAAUUCAGGAAGAAAUGUGAGAGAAAUACUUGAUACAGGUUCUAGAGUUGAUAUACACUCCAUGUUUGAUACAGAGAUUUCAAAUGAAGGUACAUGUCAGAAAGAAAAUCCAGUGAGAAAUACCAGGGAAGUAUUUGAUACAGAGCCGGGGUUUGAUACAAAUGAUUCUGAUACAGGUUCCGUAUUUGAUACAAAUGUUUCAAGUGAUGAUACAAAACAAGAUACAUGUCUCGAAGAGAACAUUGAUAAUAGAUAUUCUAGAGAAGUGCCCAGGAAACCAGGUUCUGAAAUUGAUGUGAUAAAUUCGAAUAUUUUGAAGUCAAUUGGAGACGAUUGUCAUGAGGAGAAUUUGAAACGAAAUGCGAGGCAAGUUAUUGGUACAAGCUCUCUGAUUGGUUCCAGUAAUUUGAACCAAAAUAUACAGGAAUCAGAGAAUGAAAUACAGGAAGAAUCAGAAUCCUUUAAUAAGUUGAAAAAGGAAGAAAUUCUGGAAAGUAAUAGAAAAAUUAGGGAAGUUCUUGUCCCAAAGGGAAGUUUAGAGGAUGCUCCAAAACUAACAAACUCUCAGAAUGAUAUUCCGUUGAUUUCAAAUAAAUUGGAAAUUUAUCCCAGUAUAAUCUCUGAAACUUCGUUGGAUGGAGAUCAGAAUUUUGAAGGAGAAAGCAAUAGAAAUGUGAGGGAAGUUGGUGAUUCUCAACAGAGUUUAAAUAAAAAUUUAGAAGAAGUCGAAUCUAAGAACAGAAAUGCUAGAGAAGUUGAUGAUAAAUCAGCUUUUGAGGGAAUUGUUGAUCAAAAUUCAAACGACGAAAGAUUGAAUGAAAAUAGCCAAAGAGUUGUAAGAGAUGUUCAUAAUGCGUCUCCUAUUGGAACAGAUUCAGUUGAAAAUUUGAGAAAUCGUGGGGAAAAUCAGGGUUUUGAGAGAGAUAAUCUUAGGAAUGGAAGGAGUUUGGACGAUAAGAACCCUAUGAUUGGGUCUGAUCUUUCAAGCCUAGAUAAGCUGAAAGAAGAUGGAAAUUUGAAGGAGAUGUUGACAAGUCCUCAAGAUAUGAUAAAAAGCAAUUUGAUAAAAGACAGUCAAGGUUUGGAAGGAAAUGUGCGAAAUACUAGAGAGAUUAUUGGAGACCCAGGAUUGGAUCUUGAAACAAAUUUUAAAAAAGGAAAUCAAGAUUCAGAUGGUGAUGAAUACCUUGGGAUACCUUCCAAUUACGCUUCAAAUUCUGACGAAAAUUUGGAAGAAAACCUCGAAAGGAAAGCUAGGGAGGUACAGGGACCUUUUUUAUCAAAUUCUGAUGGAGUUUUGGGUGAAAAUAUGAAUGAGAAUAAUGCUGAGGGGAGCGUAGAAAAUGGACGAACAAUUAAAGGGGGAGCCCAGAAGAAUGUAAGGGAUACAGAAAACCCCUCCUUGAUAGGUUCUGAUGUUUUCAAUCAAAAUUCAAAUAAAAAUGAGGAUGAAAAUAUUGAAAAUAGAGGACGAGUUGAAAGAGGAGCUUCCAAUGAAAGUGAAGACGAAGAAAAAAGUGAUAAAAGAGGAGUUAGAGAGAUAUCUGAUGAAAGAGGAAUUUUGGAAUCGAAAUUUUCUAGACAAAAUUUUGAAAAUCUUGAUUUAAACUCUGAAAACUUGGAAGAUUCCCCUGGAAUCUUGGAUCCUACUUUGUUUACUGACGAUGAGAGCUUGGUGGGAGAUAAUAUGAGAAAUAUACGAGAUGUUAGCGAUAAAGAACUUGUUGAAAAUGAGUCAAAAAUGGAAGGAAAAUAUAUGAAUUUUGAGAGAGAAGUGGACGGAGAUAAUAUGAGAAAUAUACGAGAUGUUAGUGAUAGAGAACUUGUUGAAAAUGAAUCAAAAAUGGAAGGAAAAUAUAUGAAUUUUGAGAGAGAAGUGGAAGGAGAUAAUAUGAAAAAUAUACGAGAUGUUAGUGAUAGAGAACUUGUUGAAAAUGAAUCAAAAAUGGGAGGAAAAUACAUGCAUUUUGAGAGAGAAGUGGAUGAAAUCCAGAAUGGAAUCCAAGAUAUGGAACCCAGUUUGUCCAACCAAGAAAAUACUGAUGUACACAGAAAUGCUCGUGAAACCCCUGAUUUGAGUAGAGAAAUGAAUUUGGAACUUUCCAGCGAUGAGAUGGUGGAAGAGAAGAGGAACGCUAGAGAGAUUCCCAAUUCAAAUAGGGAACUAGAUUUGGAAAUUUAUGAAGGAGAUGAUGAUGAUGAUAUUGGGAACAAUAGGAAUGUUAGACACGUUUCUGAAGGAUUUGGAACAAAUUUUCCCAAUGUUUUGAGUGCGCAAACUGGUGGGAACCUCAGGAAUAUUCAGGGAAUUUCUGCAGAGAAUUCAAAUAUAGCCUCAAAUCCUUUCGAUCAGGGAGUAAUCUCAGAUAAAUCUAGAAAUACUCAAGAAACUCCGGUUGUGAAUCCAAGUUUUACACAAAACUCUCUCAAUCAAGGCUCCAAUUUUGAGGAACCGUUGAAUAUUCGUGAGAUAUUUUUUAAGAACCCUGGUUUCAAUCCCGGAUAUUUUCAAGCGGGAACCGGUUAUUAUUGGGGAGAAUAGAAAUAUUAGAGAAAUCUCUGUUGAGAAUACUGGACUAAAUUCGAAUGUUACCAAAGUAGAACCUUUAGUUGACGUUGGGGAUAGGGUUAUAAAUGAUGUUUCUGUUGAUAGUCAGGAGUUGAAAUCGGAUUUUACCAACAAAAAAGUAGAAAAUGAAGAUUUGGGAGGAGAGAUUGAUGUCAAAAGGGAAGCCAGAAGUUGUAAAAAGAAAAUCUCUCACCACAAAAACAAUACUGAUAAAGAUUUUGUAUAUGAAAAGCCUCCUCCACUGCAUGCCAGCCUACAAAUGAUGAAUGUAAGGAUAGUAAAAUCAAAAGACGAUUCCAAACUAUUAGACGAUGAUACAGAUAGCUCUGGAAACACGGGGGGAGAAAAGGAGGGGAAGAAGAAGAGAAAGAAAAUUUGUCGAGUGAAACAUUUGCAUGUUCUACAACCUUUGAAAAAUUCGAAAAUUGUGGAAGCUCCGAAAAAAGAAAAUGAAUAUUUUGAGUGGUAGUCCGGGAGAGACCAUUUUGAAAGUAUUGGAAGCUACUAUGGAUGGAAAUAAUGAGAGGGAAGAAGAAGAAGAAGAAGAGGUAGAGGGAGAGAAGGAAGGAGUGAGAGUAGUUGAUAAAGAGAGAGGAGUGAAGAGAGAGUUUAAAGUAGAUGAAGAUACUGAGGAGGAGGAAGAGGAUAGAGAUGUUGUUAAUGAAAAUAAAGUCAAAAACAAAAUAUCUAGAAAA